CAUGGCUGGAUAACUUGUCCCGAUUCAAGUCAACACAACUUACCGACACCAUGAAGAGGAAAUCAGACACCCGCUAAGUUCACUGGGAUAAAUUAUUUAGCUGUGGUGGAAGUGGACUACCUGCUGGGCAGAGGAUGGCCUGCUGGAAGGAGGGCGCCACUCUCUUGCUGUGUCUGCUGGUUUUACAUGACCUGCAGCCGACUAGCGGGCGAUCACCUCGAAACAGCAGCUUGAAGCGCCAAACUCGAGGGCACCAUGAACACCGAUCGCACCGUAACAUCACGCUGGCCAUCAUCUUACCACAGACCAACACAGCUUACCCAUGGGCUUGGCCUCGCAUCGGUCCCGCCUUGGAGCGCGCUGUUAAAACUGUGAAUGCCGACCCCACCUUACUCCCCGAUCACCACCUCACCUACGCCUUCAAGAACAGCGAAGACAAAAAUGGCAUCUGCUCCGAGUCCAUCGCCCCGCUCGUGGCCGUGGACCUCAAACUCGUCUACGACCCUUGGGCUUUCAUCGGGCCUGGCUGCUCCUACACUUCCUCCCCUGUUGGCCUGUUCACCACCCACUGGGAUGUUCCCAUGAUUACGGCGGGUGCCCCAGCUGUGGCUUUUUACGGUGGAGUAUACCCGUCCCUCACCAACACAGGGCCAACCCACAAGAAGCUCGGGAGGUUUGCCCUGAGGAUCUGCGAGCACUUUGGGUGGCGGGAACACGUGAUGCUCAUGUUCAACGACAACAAGAUGGACGACCGGCCUUGUUACUUCGCCGUGGAGGGUUUAUACACGGAGCUGAAGAGCAUCAACAUCACCCUCGUGGACCGGGUGUUCGAGGAGAACAAGCCGCCAAUCAACUACUCCGAAAUCCUCUCUGAGAUCCAGAAUGAUGGAAGAGUGAUGUUCGUCUGCUGCUCGCCGGACGUCUUCAGGAAGUUGAUGGUCCACUUCCGGCGGGCGGAUCUUCCUCACGAGCAGUACGUGUUCUUCUACAUCGACGUGUUCGGAGAAAGCCUGAACUCUAAGAACGGGCAGCCGUGGGCCCGCGGGGAUGAGGACGACGCCAUCGCUAAGGAAGCCUUCCAGAGCGUGAAGAUCCUGACGUACCGAGAGCCUCAGAACCCUGAGUACACAGAGUUCGUCAGCAACUUGAAGACGGACGCCCGGAAAAUGUUCAACUACACCAUCGAGGACUCGCUGAUGAACAUCAUUGCCGGAGGUUUCUAUGACGGUCUGAUGCUCUACACUCACGCUCUGAACGAGACCAUGACCACGUCCGACGGUCGACCGCCGGGCAAAGUCGUCACCAAGAGGAUGUGGAACCGAACCUUCCACGGUGUAACAGGGAAAGUUCACCUGGACGAGAACGGAGACAGAGAGACAGACUUUGCCUUAUGGGACAUGAUGGAUACAAACAGCAGCACCUUCGAGAUCGUUUUGGUGUACAACAGUUCGGAGGAGAAGCUGACUGCCAUCCCUGGAACAACGCUGCAGUGGCCCGGUGGAGUUUGCCCCCCUGAUGUUCCUUUCUGCGGCUUCAAGAACGAAAACCCUGUCUGCUUGGCAAAAACCAUCACCAUCCACCAGAUGGUCUCCAUCGUGCUCUUCUUCAUCUUCACCAUGACACUCACCAUCACCAUCUUCGUCUACAGGAGGAUGAAGCUGGAGAGAGAGCUCGUUGCUCAGCUCUGGAGGAUUUGCUGGGACGACAUCAACAUGAGCAAUGUGGCCAAAGUGCUGCGCAGUGGCAGCAGGAUCACACUGUCACUGAGAGGAUCUAACUACGGCUCCCUGAUGACUGGAGAUGGAAACCUGCAAGUUUUUGCAAAGACUGGAUAUUACAAAGGAAACAUCGUGGCCAUUAAAUACUCCAACAGGAAACGCAUCGAGCUCAACAGGAAGGUCCUGUUUGAACUCAAACAUAUGAGAGACGUUCAGAACGAACAUCUGACCAGAUUCAUCGGUUCGUGCAUCGAUCCUCCGAACAUCUGCAUCAUCACAGAGUACUGUCCAAGAGGAAGUCUGCAGGACAUUUUGGAGAAUGACAGCAUCACUCUGGACUGGAUGUUUAAAUAUUCUCUCAUCAACGACAUCGUGAAGGGCAUGGUCUUCCUCCACAACAGUGUCAUCUUCUCUCACGGGAAACUCAAGUCAUCAAACUGUGUUGUGGACAACCGCUUCGUCCUGAAGAUCACAGAUUACGGUCUGAGCAGCUUUCGGUCUGACAGCGACUCGGUCAAAGACGCUCACGCCUACUACGCCCAGCGGUUGUGGAUGGCUCCGGAGCUGCUGAGGAUGGAGUCUCCUCUUCCUCAGGGAACUCAGAAAGGAGAUGUGUACAGCUUUGGCAUCAUCCUCCAGGAGGUGGCGCUGCGCCGAGGAGCCUUCUACCUGGAGGGAGAGCCUCUCAGUCCUAAAGAGAUCGUGGACCGGGUGAUUUUGGGCGAGUGGCCCUGCCUGAGGCCGACCACGGACACGCAGAGUCACAGUCCUGAACUGGGUCAGCUGAUGCAGCGCUGCUGGGCCGAGGAGCCGACAGAGAGACCUGAGUUCAACCACAUCUGUCUGCUGCUGCGCAAACAGAACAAGGAGUCGAGGACUAACAUCCUGGACAACCUGCUGUCUCGUAUGGAGCAGUACGCCAACAACCUGGAGGAGCUGGUGGAGGAACGAACUCAAGCUUAUCAUGAAGAGAAACGCAAAGCUGAAGCUCUGCUCUACCAAAUACUACCACACUCGGUUGCCGAGCAGCUGAAACGAGGUGAGACGGUUCAGGCUGAAGCUUUUGACUCGGUCACCAUCUACUUCAGCGACAUCGUGGGAUUCACGUCCAUAUCAGCAGAGAGCACGCCCAUGGAGGUGGUGACGCUGCUGAACGACCUGUACACCUGUUUCGACGCCAUCAUCGACAACUUUGAUGUUUACAAGGUGGAGACCAUCGGUGACGCCUACAUGGUGGUUUCGGGGCUGCCAGUGAAGAACGGGAAGCUGCACGGCCGAGAGAUCGCUCGAAUGUCCCUCGCUCUGCUGGAAGCCGUCCGGACCUUCAAGAUCCGCCACCGACCCGAAGAGCAGCUGAAACUGAGGAUAGGAAUACACAGCGGCCCAGUGUGUGCAGGUGUGGUCGGUCUGAAGAUGCCACGUUACUGUCUGUUUGGUGACACAGUCAACACGUCGUCACGAAUGGAGUCGACUGGAGAAGCAUUGAAGAUCCACGUAUCAGCAGCGACUCGUGACGUGGUUCUGGAGUUUAACUGCUUCCAGCUGGAGCUGCGAGGAGAGAUCGACAUCAAAGGCAAAGGAAAGAUGACCACCUAUUGGCUACUGGGAGAGAGCGACAGCCAAUGAUGAAACACUGCGGACAGGAAGACGACGGAGGACAGAGGAGAGUAGAGGAUGGAUGGAGGUAAAGAAGUGAAAGAGAAAAGCAGAAUGACAGACGUUUAGGUGAGAAAGAAGAACUGGGAAAUAAAAGGAAGAUAAAAGUGAAUCUCCUCAGAAAUCUCAGGACUCGUCGCCUCCGCGUCGUUUCUUGUUCCUGGAUUUCACAUCACGGAUGAAGGAAAGUCGCUGCACGUGUACGCAAAACUGUAAAACUGUGCAAGA